ACUAGCAGCCGAACUAAAUGGCUGCAAGCUAACUCAGCUCCGAGCAUGCCGGGCUGAAAUCGAUAAAAACGGAGGAGGAAAGCAACAAUGUGGAAUCAUAAAAAAAAACCAAAAUGCUCACCUGAACCAGGGGAAGACACCUCCGGGCAAACCAGGAUCGGUAACCCGCCUGUUUAGAGAAUACACAGACUGCAUGGCAGGGGCAGAGGAAUCCAACAUGGCGCCGACGGCGGCACAUCCAGACUCAGAACUGCAGAGCCCCACAACCUCAGACAUCUCAUCCAACGCAAAUGACCUAGACCUCAAGGAAAUACUGAGGAAACUUCCCUCCAGGACAGAUCUGGCACAGAUGCUGGGAAAACUUGAAACCACGUUCCAGCACAAAAUGGAAGGAUUGAGAACUGAGAUCAG